AAUCCAUAAAAACAAAUGCAGAAUUGCUUGUUUAAAUGGGAACCUAUGAGAAAUGGCAAUGUUGGAUCAUGGGGCUGGAUAAGGAUUUCUAGCAAACAGAUGUAAUGAUUUCUAGUCACGUAAUUCAUUAUUGACACAAAAACAAGAUUUGUGCUACUCUCUUAUGUAUAUUUACUGACGCCCAUAGCAUUUCACUGGUACUGUUUAGCCCUAGAGGCAUUUGGGCUCCUCCAAUUGAAGGGCGGGACUGCCGAUUUAUACCUCUCCUGGCACAGCUCAGUCAUCAUUGCAAAGACUGGCACUCAUCUAGCACAGAGAGGGCACAGAUUGGCACACACCUAGCGCACAAACGGCACAGACUGGCACUCAUCUAGCGCACAUACGGCACAGACCGGCACACACCUAGCACAGAUACAACACAGCUGGCAUCACUGAUAGAGACAUGGCACAACCUGAAGGCACCAAACAAAACCCUAAAAAACACUUAGGGCAGGAUUAUGAGCAGCUGAGAGCGCAGAGCCUGCCGCCUAAUCCUCCCUUUGAGGACAAGGAAUUCCCUGCAAGCCAAGCCUCACUUGGGUCCAACAAACUGGGACCGGAAUCAAAUACAGCAAAAGGAAUUGUCUGGCUGAGACCGUCGGAAAUCCAUCCCAACCCCGAAUUCAUUACCAGUGGAGCAACACAAAAUGUAGCGGACAGCGGGUUUCUGAGCGCAAUGGGAAGUCUAACACUCAAUAAAGAAUAUCUGUCCCUGGUUGUCCCUCAGGAUCAAAGCUUUAAGACCAACUAUGCGGGGGUCUUCCACUUCAGGCUCGGGCAGUUUGGCGAGUGGGUGGAUGUGGUUGUGGAUGACAUACUCCCUACUAAAGACAAGAAAUUGGUGUUUGUGAAAUCAGCUCAGGAGAAUGAGUUCUGGCCUGCACUGCUGGAGAAGGCAGUUGCCAAGCUGCAUGGAUCCUAUGAAGCCAUUUCGGGUAAUAGCCUAAUCAUAGCACUGGAGGAUCUCACAGGUGGAGUCUGUGAGAGUUACUCGCUGAAGAGCGCUCCAGGUGAUUUGUUCCAGACUAUACAGAGGUCUGUGAGAACCCAAUGCCUACUCACCUGUUCAACUAAUGGAAAAAAGGAAGGCGCUGAGAAAAGCAGCAUAGUUGCAGGCCAUGCAUCCAUCACCGGAGCAGAGGAGGUUCCCUAUGGCAAAGGGAAAGUCCAACUGAUCCAGCUGCAAAAUCCCUGGGGAUCUGCGGAAUGGAAGGGCGCAUGGAGAGAUAAUGGCCCUGAAUGGAAUGACGUUACCCCCGAAGUGAAAAAGGCUCUUCUCAAUAAGGAAGAUGGAGAAUUUUGGAUGCCGUAUGCAGACGUGGUGAAAGAGUACAACACUGUGGAGAUUUGCUACGUGGCUUCCAGCUCUGGGGUUAACAUGAAGGAGCCGCACUGGAGCCUGACUCAGACAGAGGGGAGCUGGAAUAAGGGGAAUCCUGCAGAGACAUUUUUGGCCGACCCACGGUUCCGCUUUAAGCUGGAGGUGCCUGAUGAGGACCAGGCGGCAGCGGGAGAUGCGGCGCUCUGUACCGUCAUUGUCGCUCUGAUGCAGAAGACGGUCCCUAAGGACAACUACAUUGAUUUUCAAUUGUACCAGCUCCCUAAAGAGGUUUCCUCCAAGGUCCAAGUAAAGGAUCUGAAAUCUAUAAAGGACAUAAACGCUAAUCAGAGGAACUGUGGGAAGACAAGACAUUUCCGGGUGCCUAGGGGAGAGUACCUGAUUGUCCCCAAACCUUCUGAUCACAAUCAAAAUAUAGAUUUUUGCAUCCGAGUCGUCUCCAUGAAAAAGGGUGGAGCUGCUUGAGUACCAACACAUGGAGAGGAUGCUGGAGACUCAAAUAUAUCUGAAUAUUAUGCUUGUGUGCUCUAUAUAACACUAUAGCAGAUAUAGGCUUAAUGACAAACUUUCGUACCUGGAUAUUCUGCAUAUCCUCAUGCUUCUUGCAUUUCUGAAUAUAAGUGGGAACUGCCAAGCUGAUUUCCCUCAAUUAAACCAAACAGUGACCAGAUAGUCAUGACGAAUGAUUUCUCAUAAAUAUAAAAAGUCCACGUGUGGUUUGCACCAAGACUACUGAUCUUCCAAUCCAUUCAGCAGGUCACCUGAUGAAAUUAAACUUCUAAUUGGUUGCUAGAGGUUCAACCCUUGCAAUUGUCAUUAUAUUACCCCAAAUUAUGCGAUUGGCAGAGUAGGCCCAGACUUGCAGAGUGCAUAAAUAUGCUGGUGUCCUGAGAACACGUAUCAAAAUAAUAAAAUUUGCUUAAUUCUCA